AUGUCUGUUUCAUUAGAGAAAUCAAGUUCUCUAGCUAAUCGUUUUCGGGAUGCUCUUCCUUCCAUUUUGAAAAAUUCCCGCCAUACUGAGAUUUGGGGUGUUGAUUUGAAGCACGCCGAGGGACAGGUCCUAGAGGUUAUUUUGGAAAAGUUCCUCAAAAGUCAUUCCGCAAUCCCCGCACUUCAAGUCUCCAGGGCAAUUGCCUCACUUGAGAAAACUUUGGAAUGGCGACGCUUCUCUGACCCGAAGGCUCUGUUUACUGAAACAGAGUCGAUCCUUCCAGAGAUGGACCUGUGCCAUAUUACUUCAAAUAAGGGUCAAUAUGUGCUGUGGGUUAGCAUUGACGAGAUGACAAUCAAGGGAUCUUCGCCAAUACAUCAAAGCUUAGAUACUUCUAAGGGGUUGGUGGACUUAGGUCUUGCUGUAAUGGAAAGGCUCUCCGUGCUUCUGAUGGAUGCAGCCGCUAGUUCUGAUCUACAAGGAUAUUCGGCUUCCUGUGUGGUUGAAUUCAAGUCACGUGCUACUCAAAAUAUCAAGAAAGGACAGCAGUCUUCCCAGAGAAAGCUCCGCAAUGCCCUUGAGGAAUUGGCGACACUUAUUCGGUAUCACUAUCCUAAUAUUCUGGGAAAGGCAUACAUCAUUAAUCCUCGUGAUGAAUACCUCGCAUCUCUUGACAUCGAUGAAGCUCUCUUGAGAGAUACGGUACUGUUGGAGAAUCCUGAGGACCUUAAUCGAUAUCUUGGCUCGAAAAUUCCACCUCGAUAUGGGGGUACUGGGGAACCGCUUGAGAAAUGCGAUUAUCUCCACAAUGGCUGCCUUGCCAGGGAUUCACAAGGGAACACCGAUCUAGAGACGCCAGAGAUCAGUGCAGCAACAACUACUGACACAGAAACGACCGAGAUGAAAAAAGAAACCACAGCUUCCGCUGUAGAUAGCGACUGCGCCUGUCCUGAAGGCUUGGAACCAGAGGAGCAAAAGCCUCGCUUGAUUUACUCGGAAAUAAUUGGGCCUCCAUCUAUCAUACUCGACCCUGGCGACUUGCAGACAGCAGACAGUCUUUGUCCUGACAAAAUGGGCGCCCGUGUUGUUUUCGCAGAUUCAGAGACGGUUGCGAAAUUCGGCCAUGGUGUUCGUUUAGCCGAAGCCGAGGCCUUACACUUGGCAUCUACCCGUACCACUAUAGCGACACCAAGGCUCCUCAGUGCAUAUAUCCUUGACGGAGUUGGAUACAUCGUAAUGUCAUAUGAACGGGGCGAGUCACUCGCACAGUACUGGGACCGUGUUUCGGAGACCGAGCAAAAUCGCAUACUGGAGCAGUUAGGGGACUACGUGAACCAAAUGCGGGAGAUUCCAGGGGAUUUUAUCGGUGGACUUGACAGAUCCCCUUGUCGAGACGGCAUCUUCGAGGCUGGCUAUGGCGACUACACUAGCUACAGCUACGGACCGUACCCAACUGAGGAAAGCUUUAACGAAGGAAUCAUUCAAGCUUUGAGAGAUCGAAUGCGCCCGAAAGUGCUCGAACGUGAAAAUGACAUCGAAUCGAACUUUUUCAACAGCGAGUACAUGCUGUAUCAGACAGUUCGGGGUCUCAAAAACCACAAGAUCAUUUUUACACACGGGGAUUUACAUCCAGGGAAUAUCAUUAUUCGGACCGAUGGCACUGUUGUUCUGUUGGACUGGGGCUUAGCUGGAUUUUGGCCGGAGUAUUGGGAGUUCUACCGUGCCCUGUUUAAUCCACCCUGGAGAGCCUCGUGGGAUCGCAUGGUGGAGAAGUUUAUUCCGCCUUUUUAUGUUGAGCAUAGCGUGAUCAAAAGGGUAUUCGGGACUGUGUGGAACUAA